CUGAUCCGCGACUCCCAGCUAGCGGGCAUGCCGAUCCCAGGGAGCAUGCAGCGAUAUAUCAUCUCCCUAUUUGCGGACGAUACAACAGUUGUCCUAAGCAAAAACGACAGCUUCUAUGACCUAACCAUGAUCUUGGAGAUAUGGUGCACUGCGUCCGGAGCUAAAUUCAACGUACCCAAGACCGCAAUCAUCCCCCUCGGCCCAGAAGAAUACCGAAAGAGCCUCAUCGAAACCCGUAAACUAAACGGCAACGAAGAACCAAUACCACCUGAUAUUAAGAUCGCGGCAGACGAGGAGGCGAUCCGCCUCCUUGGCGCAUGGAUUGGAAACAAGGUCGACGACGCAACACCGUGGGGAACGACCAUUGAGAAGAUCGAAUCAGCGCUAGUGCGAUGGGGCCGGAGUAACCCCACCUUGGAAGGGCGCCGACUUAUUAUUCAAAUGAUCAUCGGGGGCAUGACCCAAUACCUAACGAAAGUUCAGAGUAUGCCCAAACACGUCGAAAAACUACUCAGCAGAAGGAUACAAACCUUCAUGUGGAACGGAAGCAGCAUACCCCCAAUA